AUGGAAGGUGCUUAUGAUGAAAUAAUAUCAGAUAAUCCUUUCUUUAGAGACCUUAAAAAUGAAUAUACUAAUUUAUUUCAACACUGCAUUACACAAUCUUGGAUAAUAUGCGUGCCUCGUGUUGGUAUCUUAAAUACCCGGGUGUUUACAGUUGAAGAUUUUUGUGCACAUAUUUUAGUUCCUAGUGAUGAACUUCCAGAAACACAUUACAGCACACUAACAGAGAAACAAGUUACUGUAACUAAUAAAGUGAUAACCUUAGAAGUUACUAAAGGCUUACCUCUACAAAGUCACAUACUUUUUGAAGAAACAUUCUACACUGAAGACUUUAUCAAAUACAAGGUAUGGUGUAUUGAAAGUGCCCUUGAACCUUCAACUACUACAAGUGAUAAUGUAGUUACAAAAGAUUGUCUUUUAUCAAUAAAUGAUUGUAUUGAUCUUCUUUGGACACAAGCUGCUGGUCGUCAUGUUCUAGACCAAAUAGAACAAAAUGUGCAGAUAUUUUUAAAAAAACACUCUUGUUUACCUAUUGCUAUAAGUACUCUUAGAGAGGCAAUUAGUGAACUGUAUACACUGUGCCUUCAAACAACAUUACAAAAUAGAAGACUUCGUGAGAAAUCAAAAGCAUCUAAACAUAUAUUAGAUAACAUAAAGUUGGCUGUGGAAAGUUACAUGCAACAUCUUUUAUUUGAAUCAUUAUUCAAAACAAUAUGUACUAGUUGUGCCUAUGAAGACUCGCACCUCAACAAAAAAAUAAGGAAUAUGUCAGAUAUCCAGUUAAGGGACUUGGAUAUAAAAAAGGAAUUAUAUCAUGCAGUGCCUAAAGCAAAACAGAUACUUUCAAAAAUUGACACAUACAGUUCUGUCUUGGAAAAAAUAUUAUGCUUAAAACAAGCUCUUAAUGCAAUUAACAAAAAUGAUAAUAGUUACAAUGUUGUUCUAUUAACUGCUGAUGACUUAUUACCAGUCUUUGUAUUUUUACUCAUUAAAUCUGGUCUACCAAACUGGUAUAGUCAGCUAACAUAUAUGAAAGAAUUUCGUUUUAGCUGUGUAGGCAAAGGAGACAGUGAUGAAAGUGCUUUUCUAAUAACCACCUUAGAGGCAGUUAUUGAACAUAUUCAAUCAGGUGCCUUGGCAGGGCCUCCUGAUCCAGAGUCUCAUUACUAUUAUGAUAGUAACCUAACUGAAGAAAAUUUACAAAGCAAUACACAAAGGAGAAGUAGUUUGACAGAAUCUAUAUCAACAUCUGAAACCAAUAGUAGAGAAGAAACACUUGAAUAUGUUUUUGAACUCAUAAAGGCAAACCACACAGAACAGGUGCAAGCAAUAUUAGAAAAAAAUCAAAAGCAUUUAAAGAGUAUUCAGCAAAAUGAAAAAAGCAUUUUAAAAUUUGCUUUAGAGGAAUCAUUGAAUAAUAAUAAUGAUGAUGAUGAUGAUGAUGAUGAUGAUAGCACUGAAUCUGAAAUAUAUCAAAAGCUUUGUCAUCCGUUAUGUAAUUGCAAAAAAUGUUGGUGUAAAAUCUCAAAGAACCUUUUGAAGACUUCUCCGACUGUUACGUCUCGAGAUAGUCAUGGCCUCACUCCAUUACAUGUAGCAUGUAUUCAUGGGAAAGCAGCCAUCGUAGAAAUACUCCUUGAUAUGGGCGCUGAUGUGAAUGCCACUGAUCUAAAUGAAUCUAUUCCUCUUCAUUAUGCAGCAUCACGGGGUCAUCAAAAUGCAUUAUUAUUAUUACUUCACUCUGGAGCUGAUAUAAAUAAACCAAAUAUUGACAAGAAUACUCCUCUGCACUUAGCUGUGAAUAAUGGUCAUAUGAAUUGUGUCAAGGCUCUUAUAUACUUUGCAGAGCAUAGUAGAAAAAGAAUAAUUGUGAAUUGUACCAAUGAAAGUGGGAAUACACCAUUACAUUUAGCUGCCAAAUGGGGAUAUGAAGGAAUAGCUAGAUUACUAAUUGAGAAUGGUGCUGAACCAUCUCGGCUAAAUAAACACAACAAAACUGCGUUUGAUUGUGCACAUAAUCUUAAGAUCUUACAAGUUUUGAAAUCUUGUACACCUAAUUUGUAUGAAUAUAUACAUAUAACAAGUUCAGACAUAAAAACUUUAAGUUGUAAAUCAGACAAUUUGGAAUAUCUUAAAUUAGAAAAAUUAAGUGUUAAAAAUAGUGACUAUGUGAAUAAUCCUACAAAAACUAUUGAAAAUUUAAAAAGAAUUGAGAGAAUAUUGCAAGCUAUAUCAUAUGGUGAUGUUAAACUUGCUUGUUUUUAUUUAAAUAUUAAUUAUGACACAUUUAAUGAAAACACAAACACAGUUAAAGAGUCACUAUGUCAUCCUCUUUGCGAGUGCCAAUAUUGUAAGAGAAAGUCCCAAUCACAUGUUUCAGACUUUGACAUAAAUUUCUCAGACACAAAUGGUUUCACAGCUUUACACUAUGCUGCUCGUUUUGGUUUAGAAGAGUUGUGCAAAAUUUUAAUACAUAACAAAGCUGAUGUAAAUUGUACCAAUAGGAAAGGCCAAACUCCUUUACAUUUAGCUGCUAUAUAUAAUAAGACUAAGGUUAUUUCUUUACUUCUGGAUAAUGGCGCUAAUAUAAAUGCAAUUGAUGUAGCUGGUAACACACCUUUGCAUAAUGCUAGUGACAUGGGCAAUAUAGGCGCCACGAAAGAACUGAUCAAAUAUAAUCCUGACAUAUCAUUAUUGAAUGCUUCAGAGAGAUCUGCUUUGGAUGUAGCUAAAAAAAAAGUCCAUUUGACUAUAAUAGAUUUAAUAGAAAAAUAUUCAAGUAAAUUGUAA